GAGCGAGAAGGCUGGGGUAAAAAAAUCGAUUUCAUUCUUUCCUGCGUUGGAUUCGCCGUUGGAUUUGGUAAUAUAUGGAGGUUUCCUUAUCUUUGUUACCAGUAUGGUGGCGGCGCUUUUUUGAUUCCUUAUGUGUUAUCGCUCAUUGUGUGUGGAAUCCCCUUGCUGGCCCUAGAAUUUGGAAUUGGCCAAUAUUUUAUGAAGGGGCCUACCGUUGCUUUUGGAAAUAUCUGCCCACUAUUAAGCGGAACUGGUUUCUCGAUGAUUUUAAUUUCGUUUUUUGUGGCCAUCUACUACGUUGUCAUCCUAGCAUGGAUCUUAUACUUCUUGUUUGCCAGCUUUAUUGCACCGCUUCCUUGGACGACCUGCGGUAAUCCAUGGAAUACACCAUCGUGCUUGGCUCGUAAUGGCUCGAACGCAAAUUUAUCAGGAACGUCGCCAAGUGUUGAGUAUUUCAAUAAUCGCGUUCUAAACAUCACGAGCCAUCCAGAUGAUGCAGGACCGGUAAAGUGGGACUUGGCACUAUUGUUGAUACUCGCAUGGGUGAUUGUCUACUUAUGCAUAUUUAAAGGGGUACAGUGGACGGGAAAGGUAGUAUAUUUUACAGCAACAUUUCCAUACGUUGUCCUGAUUAUACUUUUCAUCCGUGGUGUUACUCUUGAUGGUGCCGGUGAUGGAAUACGAUACUAUUUACAAGUUAACGUUACGAAGCUGCAAUCAGUGGAUCCUUGGAGAGAAGCAGGUACACAAAUUUUUUAUUCUUUGGGUGCUGGAUUUGGGUCUUUGAUUGCCUUCGCAAGUUAUAACAAACGGAAUAAUAACCUGCUAAGAGAUGCUGUUACCAUAAGUUGUAUUAACUGUGGUACUAGUUUCUUUGGUGGCUUUGUUAUCUUUUCCAUGAUCGGAUAUAUGGCAAAGCAACAACAAGUACCAAUUUCCGAAGUAGUUACUCAAGGUCCCGGGCUGGUAUUUAUGGUGUACCCAGCCGGCUUAGCUACACUACCUGGUGCUAAUUUUUGGUCUGUAAUAUUCUUUUUUAUGUUAAUAACUCUUGGCUUGGACAGUCAGUUUGCUAUGGUCGAAGCCGUUGUAACCGGUUUGACUGAUUACUGGCCCGAGAAAUUGUCAAAGCGUAAACCAUGGCUGAUUGCUGGUUUAUCUAUAGUAAUGUUUUUAAUUGGUCUUACUUGCGUUACAAAGGGAGGAUUUUACAUUUUCAAUUUGUUCAACAUUUAUUCCGCUGGUACCGGAUUAAUAAUAACUGUCCUUAUUGAAAUCAUUAUGAUCAGCUACAUCUACGGCAUUAACCGAUACAUUGGAAAUAUUGCUCGUAUUACUGAAAAAAGUGUAUGGGUAAACUGGAAGAUCUGUUGGUUUCUUUUGACUCCUAUUAUGAUUGGCGCCGUUUUGAUAUUUAGUAUUAUUUACUAUUCUCCGAUAACUUACGGUAAAUCUAUACCGUACCCGUGGUGGGGUGAAUUUAUUGGUUGGUUGAUGGCAGGAAUGUGCAUAGCAUGUAUCGUUAUACCGGCAAUUUAUAAAUUAUGCAAAGCUGAUGGGAGUUUUAUGGAGGUAUGCUUCAUGCAAAUAUGA